AUGUAGUAGAGAAUCUCGUGUCAUGUGCGCUUGCGCAUUCUAAGCCACCUUUCUGAUAAGUGUGUGUCGAAGGGCGGUGAGGGGGUGCUCGAGCCUCGGAUUCCCUCAUCCAUCCGUCCGAGAAACACAAACUUCCCGUUCAGUGAAGGACAAACUGCAAUGUAGGAAAAUCUGGAUUUUGACAAACAUCAGGUGGUGUGUGGGAUUAACAUCCAAGCGUCGUGUCUUGUUUGUGUAUUCGGAUGAUUCUGAGCGCUCGAGCGGAGCUGAAACUUUCUGACAGGACUUUUUUCCCCAAGCCGUUGGAGAGCGCGCUCGACUUUUCUGUGCGCGCGCUGGAUCGUAGCAAAUUCUAUUGUAAUGUUAAAAUCAAAAUGUCCGAACUGGGAAAAGGGCUGACACACGAAGUGAGCGCUGCUAGUUGGUCAGGUUGGGGAAGAAAGAGACUAAGCAGAUCGCGGAACAUCGUAGCUUUGGUGCGGGACUUUAGUUGACUUUUGGACAGUGAUUAUGGCCGGAGAUUCGGUGCUCGUGCACUUUUUCCUGCACGGCGGAGCACCGUGGGGCUUCACGCUCAAAGGCGGCCUUGAGCACCGCGAACCGUUAAUGAUCUCCAAGAUUACUGUUUCCUGCCUGACAGAAAUGAUCUUCUGCUGUCCAUCGACCUGAAGACCCACAGGGGCUCUGUAGGUGAACAUGACGCAUGAUUAAUGGAUUUUAUACCCACACAUUGGUGCAGUGAUCUAUUCGACUCACAACUCGUAGAGGAGGGUGGAAAAGCCGGUUCUCUACAAUGCCCCCUGCUGGUCGGGGAUGAAGUGGUCAUCAUCAACGGUGUGGAGCUGACUGGAUUCAGACAGGAGGCCAUCUCUCUGGUCAAAGGAUCCUAUAAAACUCUCCAACUCACAGUGCGCAGAGAGCACUGUGCAGAUUUAUGCUGUUCUGAGUCCCUCACGGCGUCACCCUGCCACCGAGCCGAUACAUACCAAUGCAGUGGAGGAGUUCAGAUACGCAUCAAACACAGGAGCAGUGAGCCUGGGUCCCGUCCCCAUUCCUGGCACUCCACUAAACUUGGUGAGGGCCCUCUGGACUCUGACAGCAUGAUGCAGAUAUCCCAGGGUGCCAUGGGGGCUCCCUGGCACCAAAGCUACCAUGCCAGUGCCUCCACCACAGACCUGUCAGGUUAUGAUGCAGGAUUUCUAAGGAAAAGUCCAGACCAGUACAGUUCAAGGGGAAGUAUGGACAGCCUAGAUCAUUCGCAUCCUACUUACAGUUCCUGCAAUCAGCUGUCGGUCUCCAAAUCCUCCAAUAGCAUUGACCAUUUGCAUAGCAAACGUGAUUCUGCAUACAGUUCCUUCUCUACCAGCUCAAGUAUUCCAGAAUACCUUGCAGCUGGGCCAUCAUUCAGCAAGGAGCGCUCAUAUUCCAUGGACAGUGUUCCUCAACAUAGAACUGCAGAGGACAUGCAUCAAGCAGGUAUUUGCUAUGUCCGCACUGUCUAUGACUCUCAACAGGGCAUGUCUGCAGAGCAUGAGGUCCUUUCUGCAGCAAUCCUAAAAGCUAAUGAGACCAAAGCACAGUCUAGAAGUGGAAGCAUACAGGGCAGGGUUUGUCACCGUUCCAACAGUACCAGUGGCAGUAGCAGUAGCAGUGGAAGCAGUGCAUGUGGUACAGUCACAUCACAUCGUCACAGUGCGGGACCAGGAUGGGGCCAAACACACAAUGGCAACUCUUAUGAAAGCCUGAAGGGGGUACCCUCACCUCCCUUACGUAGUGAUAGCUAUGCAGCCACCAAACACCAUGAGCGGCCCAGUUCAUGGUCCAGUCUUGAGCAGGCUCGGUCUUUGCGGGCUCUUCACAAGGGUUUUUGGCAUCACUCCAGUGGCUCUGUGGCAUCAGGAAAAUCAUCAUUUGGAACAGAGGGUCAACUUCACACAGUAAUUGAAAAGAGUCCUGAGAGUAGCCCAACAAUUAAACCCAAACAAAGCCUUCCACCUUUAUCACAACCUGGAUCAGCCAUGCUGCCUACUGGCAUCUACCCUGUUCCACUGCCAGAGCCCCAUUUUGCACAGAUACCAACUACAAACCCUAACUCUAGUAGUGUGUACCCAGCACUUGCCAAGGAGAGCAAACCAAUUCCUCAGAAAGAACACACUGGAGGAGCAGACUCUGGUGUUAGGAUGGCAGCAGAAAAUGGAUACCAAAGCAUUGCACCCUACUCCAGCUCUGUCCAGAUUUCUGGUUUCCCACAACCUAAACAACCAACCCAGGUGAAAGAUGAUGCACAAACCAAAUGUGGCUAUAACAGAUCUCAUCCCCAAACACAGGGGUUCAAGCCACUAAUGAUGUCCAUAGGCCAGGAAAGAAAGGACCCUUACACUCCAGUUCAGCAACGGCAAGAGAAACCCAGGUACUCACAUGGGAUGGAUACUAUGGAAGCCUACAGACAUUCUAGAGAGGAAGAGCCAAGUAGAUGUCAAGAACAAAAUGUCCAUCCACAACCAUCUUUUGCAGCAUGUGAAGUUUUACAGGAACAUGUUCAACCUCAGAAAAGUGAUCAGAGAAUCAACAAUUCAGGAAGGUUCCACAAUGAAUCCAGCACCUGUCAACAGAGGGACCAAGAUCUGGACCAUCCAUUAACCCGACUUGAGAAUGCACUAGCAGAGGUCCAGAGAUGUUCUAGCCCGCACAGCACUACUAGCCAGUGCAGCCCCCAAAGUGAGCGUCGAAUGUCAGUAAUGGAGAAAGUCAGUCAUUUUGAAAGACAGCAGACCAAACCGCGCAGUCACAGUCACAGCCACUGCCACAGCCUCUCCAAUUACAGCUCUUCAAUUUAUCCAAGUCAGGAUACCCAAAGUGCCAAGAGGUCCAUGUCUGGACUGAAGGAUCUGCAAAAAGAGUAUGUCCCUCAACUGAGAAGUUGGAGUACCAGCCAUGAAGGAAAUGCAGAAUCAUCACAGGAUAUGCAGUCAAGGUAUGUGAGCGCUGGCCAAGCUCAGCAUAGGAAACCACAUGACCUACACAGAAGCAAAAGUUCUUUUCAACUUAAUGAGGAAAAUGGCAAAGAUAUUCAUAGGAGUAAGAGCACUUUUCAUCUUGAGGAAAACAAUAAAGACAUCCAAUGGAAAGAAGACCAUCAGGACACCUUAGGGACAGUUCCUGACCCCACCUUUACUCGAGCAUAUAGAGAUAGCAUCAAGGAUGCUCAGUCUAAGGUGCUGAGAUCCACUUCAUUUCGAAGAAGAGACUUAAGCAUAAACCCUCCUCCUGUGCCUGUGAAGCACAUGUCCCUGAAUAGGAAGGAAUCCAAUAUGUGCCCAAAACCCACCACCUCUCCACACACUCCUAAAGAACGGCAUGUUAUUCCAGCUGAGUUACCAGACAAGACGAAUGCUCCUGAGCUUCCAAGAGUCCCUCCUGUAGGCCCUUCAGUUAUGCGAAUAUGUGGACGGAAACGAUUGACCAUGGAACAAAAGAAAAUGUCAUAUUCUGAGCCAGAGAACAUUCAUGAGGUUGGAACUUCUGAUAAAGACUCUGGCUUAUUUCAAAAGAAGGUACCACUGCAAUUCCAGCUUCCUGAGACAAGUGUUGCAGAUCGACGAAGGAUGUUUGAACUUGUAGCUACUCGUAAUGCAGGUACUAAAUUGGCCACCUUAAGACCUGAGUUAAAGCAGAUGCAGCAAGAUGCUUUGGCUGAUUAUGUUGAACGCAAGACUGGUCGGCGGAUGGAUGGACGGCCUCAUCGUCCUCAUAGUGCCUUCAUGCAAUCGAAUUCUUGUUUGUCUAUGGAUUCACAAAGUCGCACCUCCACCACCAGUGUGUGCUCUAUUCAGGAGCCAGGACGAGAGGGUUUCUCUGAUGUUAACCGCCAGUCUUUUACUUUUACAGCCAAUGCACAAUAUCCCUUGCACCCCAACAGGAACACCCAAACUCAGAGUCAAUCUGAUGUCUAUCAGUCUGCUUUUGUACCACAGAGUGCAGAACCACAGAAACCAGAAAGGCAAGCAAAGAGAGCCAUUACAAGCCAUGUUGCAGGUCCAACCUUCGCUCACUUCCCCAGUGCUCCUGUUAGACAUAGCUUGGAUGAAUUUUUUGAAAGAGCUGUUCCAGCCAGAAGCUCAGGGAAAUCAGCUUCUGCUGAGGACCUCUUGGAUCGCAAUCAAGACCGUCCUGUUUCUCAUCACUUCAGAUCAAAAUCCUCUCCAGCUGUGGAGAACCACAAUCUGGAUGCCUUAGCUGGAGACCUCAGAUUGUUCGGGAGUGUUUUUAAAGAAAACAGAACAUCAGGAAGCGAGGCACCUGAGCAAAGGUCAUCAAGUGAAGUUUGUCUGGAGCAUAGCUCUCUGUCUACCCCUGGUCUGACUCAGCUGAACCCACCUGUGAUAAGGAGGGAGCGACAGCGCCACUCAGACCGACCCCGAGCCCAUAGUGCCUCAGGCCUAGCAGCUUCAGUCGGAUUACCCUGUCCGUUCUCCUCUUCAGCGUGGCACAGCACCAACACGACACAAUGCCAGCCCAACCUAGAUGCCAUCACAUUCCCAGGCACUGUCCCAGAAAAUCCAUUGGUAGGAGGAAUGGACAAUCAAAAUUCUGCCAAUGUUAAUAGCUCCGAAGAUGCUCCAAACAACUCAGACAAGACAGCCUAUGACCUUUCGCCUUCACGCCAAAAAGUCACAGAGUCAGUCACAUCUUUCUCUCCACCUCCCCGGCCAAUCAAUUUUGGAUUGGCCACUUCUCCCAAAGCCUCCAACUCUCCCAUUAGGUCCCUCCCAUCUCUCCGGAUCUCAGAGUCCAGUAUUGACUUUGCCUCAUCUGCAAUUGUUUCACAGGAGGAGGAUGAAGUGUUUUUAUCUCCAACCUCUCCAUCACUACAGCCGCUCUCAAGCAGAGAAGGAAACAUUUCUGAGGAACCUCCAAUUCCAUACCCAUCAGCCCAGCCUCAGAGAAAGGAAGAGUCACUUGAUGUCACAGUGUCUCAAGAAUCACAAAUACUGAACAGUGUCGCUCAGCAUCUGUCUGUCACAACCACCCACCAAGAGAGAGAUGAUCAGUUGUAUAACACUGUCUCAUCCUUGUCAGUAACCUCUGAGCCCAAUAUCACCAAUGUCACUGCUGUGAUCUCCAAAACUGGGCCAGAAGAGCUUUCAGAAAGCCCUGAGUCACCACUUCUGGCCAGGAGAGAGCGCACAGAGGCGGAGAUACAGGUGGAGACUCUGGCUCGGGAGCUGGUGAGCAGAGACGAGGAUCUCGCUCCUCUUCUGGACAUCUGGGCAAGCUCCACUAUGCUUGACUUGAUGGAGGACAUCUUCCCUUCCUGCUCAUCUGCUCCAUGGCAACAAGGGAACACCAGCAGCAUUCAUGCAGGUGACAGUGUUCAGAGUGCUGAGUUUGUUGCUUCGGAGGCUCAUGUGAAAGCUAUUCAGGGACGGAUGGAGACUGAUCUGGAUGAAGAAGAGUCUGAAUUGAACGAGAAGAAGGUGGAGCUCCUGCGGGCUCUGACUGUGAGUUUGGAGGCAUUGCAGAUGGAGAGAAAGAGACUGGUGGAGGAGCAGCAGUGCUACAGCGCUCUGGGCUGCAGGAUAGAGGCACUGGUGCAGGAGCACUGCAAACCCAACGAGAGCGAGAAGUACCGCAUGUUUAUUGGUGACUUGGAAAAAAUCGUCAACCUGCUGCUUUCUCUGAGUGGACGUCUGGCACGUGUGGAGAACGCCCUUAAUGCCCUGCAGAUAGAGACAGAGAAGGGGAGCACUGAGGAGAGGGCAUCCUUGCAGCAGAAACAAAGGCAGCUGCGCAGUCAACAGGAAGAUGCACGUGAGCUGAAGGAGAACCUGGACCGUCGUGAGCGCAUCGUGCUCCAGUUUCUGGGUGGUUAUCUGAGCACUGCACAACUGCAUGACUAUCGCCGCUACAUUCGGGCCAAACCGGCCCUUCUCAUCCGCCAACGCCACCUGGACGAACUCAUCCGACAGGGAGAGGAGCAAGUGUGCAGAUUGACGGAGAACACAGACCAUGAGCUCAAUCCACAAACUGGCUCCACUCCAUCUUCUUGUAGUGAUUCCAACUUGUCAAAUCCAACCACUGUGACCUCGCUCUGACUGUCCGAUAGACUUGAAAGCUGCUGAGAAGAAAAACCAUAAACAUGAAAGGUAGAACAAAAGAGAUAGAGAGAGGAAAGAAAGAGAGAGAAAGAAAGAGAGAGAGAGAGAGAGAGACUAUUAUUACUAUUCCAUCACCCUCACAUGUGGGGAAGUGCCUUAAUUUAAGGAAUUAAAAACAACAUGAAGGAUGAUGUUAUUUGCUUUAGCAAGUGUCAGUAGCUUUGUUUAGCACUACAAGCAAAAAAAACUCCACUUUGUGCCUGUCUCGUGGACAGAAAAAGGUUUUUCCUACUUCUGAUGUGAUUCAAAAUGAAUAUAAGUACUGUAGCCCCAUAUCCACACAAGCACACCAUUAAUAGAUGCAAAAAUGAAAAGUUAAGAACUGUCUCCAAAUUUCCUUUUUCACUAAUUUCAUUUCUUUUGAACACCUCAAAGCCUUUCAGUUUUGCAAUAAUAGUCUAUGAAGAUUCUAAACAGAAAUGUGUCAGAGUACACAGGAGAGCUGGCACACUUGUAAGACAUUUGUUUUCUAGACUGCACACACGUAAAUCUUCUUAGAUGAUAAAUAAAUAAAUAAAUAAAUAAAUAAAUAACAGCAGGGUCCGUACAGUGUUGCUCGAGAUGUUUGUGAAAGCCCCCUUUUUUCUGUGGCUGAAGUAUUUGUCUAAUGAUAUUUUAUGCUUAAUCUUUGACUGUGAGAAAGCACAGGUGUGAUCUGUGGUACAGCCGUAACUCCUGUUAGCCUGAUUGUGCAGCAACGUGCAACAGCACUAUGUGGCAUCACGCAAACACAAAAUACACACACAGAAACACAGACAAGUGAAGUUGUUCUCCCUGUUCAGGUUUGUCACAGCAGAUCAUCAUAUCCGCAUAUUUGCCUCAGCACCCUCCCAUUUUAUAGAUUCUCGGGACACUUGUUGUAAAAUGGGAAAAUGUUGUAAUUAUGUUUUUUCUGCAUUUACUAUGAUAAAAAAAAAAAGAAAAUGAGGCAAAACUGAUUAAUGGGCUCUGCAUCAAAAGUCGGCUAAAUUGGUGACUGUUCUGUGAUUUUUCUUCUCUGAAUGUGUUGGACAGAUAUCCAGUGAUCUACUUUAUCUUCUUAAUAUUUUCCAAGUCACACUCAAAGCUAUCACACAGAGUGAAUGUAUGACGGUUCAACAUUGAUUUUCCUGAUGUACAUGAUUAACAGCAUGUACUAAGUGGUGUUACAAGUGACCCAUGUAUCAGUACAAUCAUUUAAACCCAAAAAAGCCCACAAUUGUUCCAGCUCUCUCCUACUCUUCAGAUCACGUUAUACGACGAGUGUUUAUUAGAUAUGCUCAGUCUCUGUACCGCUUUAUUAAAUCACUGUGAACAAGCAACAGCAUAACAGCAAGUUAUGCAAGUACACAACACAAAAGCC